GUGUCGGCCCCUUUAACUCUCGGCCUACGUGGCAGGCCAGGCAGUGAGCAGCGCUCUCCGGGGAGGGGCCCACACUCAGCCCGACGGAGGAGGGGAGAGCCGGCAGCAGCAUCACCCGCAGCAUGGGCACCAACAGCGACCUCAUGGGCACCGCCGAGGACUUCGCGGACCAGUUCCUGCGCGUUACAAAGCAGUAUCUCCCGCACGUUGCUCGCCUCUGUCUUAUCAGCACCUUCUUGGAAGAUGGCAUCCGAAUGUGGUUUCAGUGGAGCGAGCAGAGAGACUACAUUGAGGCUACGUGGAACUGCGGCUACGUGUUGGCGUCCAUCUUCGUCCUCAUCAACCUUCUCGGACAACUAGGUGGCUGUAUUCUGGUCCUCAGUAGGAAUUUUGUACAAUAUGCUUGUUUCGGGUUGUUUGGGAUUAUUGCCAUGCAGACUAUCGCAUACAGCAUCUUGUGGGACUUGAAAUUUCUAAUGAGGAACCUGGCACUUGGAGGAGGUCUCCUGCUGCUUCUGGCAGAGUCUCGGUCGGAAGGAAAAAGCAUGUUUGCUGGGGUUCCCACCAUGGGGGAGAGCUCCCCCAAACAAUACAUGCAGCUUGGUGGGCGCGUGCUGCUCGUUCUCAUGUUCAUGACGCUCCUUCAUUUCGACACCAGCUUCGUUUCAAUUCUGCAGAACAUUGUUGGUACAGCCUUGAUCAUCUUGGUGGCGAUUGGCUUCAAGACGAAGUUAGCUGCUCUUACCCUAGUUGUCUGGCUGUUUGCCAUCAACGUCUACUUCAAUGCCUUCUGGACCAUUCCAGCAUACAAACCCAUGCACGAUUUCCUAAAGUACGAUUUCUUCCAGACCAUGUCUGUGAUUGGUGGCCUGCUCUUGGUGGUUGCCUUAGGUCCUGGUGGAGUCUCCAUGGAUGAGAAGAAGAAAGAGUGGUAGUUCUGUCUCCCUCAGCAACAUCGCAACCUUGUAACUUGUAGAACGUCUUGGAUGAAAAGCAGAAUCCUGGUGAAACAUCACCCCUCCUGCUCCUAUGUUGCAUCAUCUCGAAUCGGAUUGCGUCUCCGGUUUUUACAAUGCCAUAUAUGUAAUCCUUUUUGUAGUACUGUUCAGAUUGAAUUGACUGGACCUUGUCUUGACUGGUUUCCAGUGGCUGCAUAAAGUGGAGGUUGCUCUGGAGAUACUUCUGUUCCAAUAUAAAAUGCAGUAUGUUUGGGGCUGUAAAAGGGUUCUAGUAUUUGGGGUGUUUUUGACCUUCAACAUUAUGCACCCCCCCCCCCCC